UUCCACGUGAGCGCAGCACUUAGCGACCUCUGCCGCGUGCUUGGGACAGUCGCGCAGUCCUGGCAGUACGGAGCCGCGGCAGGACGCAGCUGGAAUUAAGAUACUUAAACUGUGUUUUCGCGAUUGCAUUUGGAUUUAUCCAGGCAGCUGAACCAUACUGUACAUUUAUUUUAAGUUUAUUUAUUAGUAGCUGCUUAUUCUGAACCAAAAAAAUAUGUAUUCUUUGAAAUCCAUUCGUGUUACUAACUUGGGGGUUUUAGAGUUGCUGGUAAAAGAUGCGUCAAGAAAAGUUUUGCAUCGGUUUGAAAACAGAAUUUUAGGGAGCCGAUUGUAUUGUUCGGCACCUCAGAAUAAUUUAACUAAGGAACAAGUUGGUUUGGACCGGGACCAGACGCAUUGCCACGAGAGUGUAGCCAGAUCGGGUCUCAGCCGCAAAUUGGAUGACAUGCUGUUCUACACAAUCAGCGAGGGAGAGGAGAGGAUGCCAAUUUCCCGCUUCAUCUCUGCACUGAAGAGCCACGGCCUGCUGACCUCCGACCCCCGUCUGCGGGACUGCAUGAAGAACCUCCGGAAUGCCGUGCAGGAGUCCAUCGGUGAUGUCAUGAUGGACCGGAAGCUCUUCCAGAAGUGUGUUGGUGGAAAUAUUGUCCUCCUGACUCAAGCCUUCCGGAAGAAAUUCAUCAUCCCUGAUUUUGAGGCCUUUGUUUCCAACAUCAAUAAAAUCUACCACAAAGUCCAGAGGCAGGAGGAAGGGCAGGUAGCGGACUACAUCCCCCACCUGGCCAAGUUUAGCCCUGACCUCUGGGGUGUGUCCCUGUGCACAGUGGACGGGCAGAGGCACUCGGUGGGUGACACCAGGACCCCGUUCUGCCUGCAGUCGUGCGUGAAGCCUCUGGAGUAUGCCAUUGUCGUGCACGAGGCCGGCACGGAGCAGGUGCACCACUACGUGGGCAAGGAACCCAGUGGUCUUAAGUUCAAUAAGCUGUCCCUAGACGAGGAAGAGAAACCCCACAACCCCAUGGUCAACGCUGGCGCCAUAGUCAUCAACUCCCUUAUUAAGCCUGGUGCAAACAAGGCAGCCAAGUUUGACUACGUGAUGGAUUUCAUCAAUAAGAUGGCAGGACGGGAGUAUGUAGGAUUCAGCAAUGCCACCUUCCAGUCAGAGAAGGAGACGGGAGACAGGAAUUAUGCCAUUGGAUACUACCUCAAGGAGAAAAAGUGCUUUCCAGUUGGUGCCGACAUGAUCGACGCUCUGGACUUUUACUUCCAGCUGUGCUCCAUCGAGGUGACCUGCGAGUCAGGCAGCGUGAUGGCCGCCACGCUGGCUAACGGGGGCAUCUGCCCCAUCACGGGCGAACGGGUGCUGAGCACCGAGGCGGUGCGCAACACGCUGAGCCUCAUGCACUCCUGCGGCAUGUACGACUUCUCGGGCCACUUCGCCUUCCACGUGGGAUUGCCUGCCAAGUCAGGUGUGUCGGGUGCAGUGCUGCUGGUGGUGCCCAAUAUCAUGGGAGUCAUGUGUUGGUCACCCCCUCUGGACAAGUUUGGGAACAGCGUCCGUGGAAUCCACUUCUGCCAUGAGCUGGUGUCCGUGUUUAACUUUCACCACUACGACAACCUGAGACACUUCAUCAAGAAGUUAGACCCACGUAGACAGGCGGGGGAUGACUGGAACAAGUCCGUGGUCAACCUGAUGUUUGCGGUGCACAGUGGCGAUGUGUCUGCGCUGAGGAGGUUCGCACUGUCAUCAAUGAACAUGGAGCUUCAAGAUUACGACUCUCGCACGCCUCUCCAUGUGGCAGCUGCUCAAGGUCACGUGGAAGUUGUGCUGUUUUUGACAGAGGUGUGCAAAGUCAACCCUUUUGUGAAGGAUAGGUGGGGGAACGUUCCGCUGGAUGAUGCCCUGCACUUUGGCCACGAGCACGUGGUGAAGGUUCUCCAGCAGUACCAGCGUGUCUACAGCGAGCAGGGAUCUCCGUCCAAGAUGGAGGAUCUGGAAAAGCUUGCGGCUGUGAAGGGGAUAGCCUGAGGCAGGAUGAAGCCAGAGAAGGAGGUCCAGCAGAGCCCAAAGUGGUGGUUUUUGGCAUGUUACGGAGACUAGUUAUGGAAGUUGGUGGAACUGAGGAAAAAUCCUAAGUUAAAUAGCUCAACAUAAUUAUCCUCGUGAUGCACACUAACUAUUCUGUUUAUCAAAUAAUCCUUUGCCCUUGUUCUCUUUUGCUGUGCCCUGCUGUUAGGACGCCCUCUAGUGGACACCCUUAGUCUGGGCCAAAGCAAUGAGUGGCAGUAUUUUCUGGAGCAUGUGUCUUUGCACAGGAAUGAAUAUGGGCAUGUGCAUAGCCCAGCGGAGGAUAUGAUGUGAUGCCAUUUUGAUGUCACAUGAUGUCUCAGGAAAAUCUUCAUAGUAUUCGAUGGGUGUUCAAUUACCCUUCAAAGCACAAAUGCGCACACACAUUCAGAACAUCACACUCUGGAUGAGAAACUGAUUUUGUACCAAUUGCAUGUUCUGAAAGACUUUGAAAAAAGUAUUUAUAUUCUGGACAUUCAGACAGAGCCUUACCAAGCUUUUUUAAGUAUUAUUUAUUAUACAUUCAAGCAGAAGAGAAUAAAAUAUAUAUUGAAUAAUAUAGUACAAUUAGAUCUGCUACAUGUUGUGUUCUUAAACUUCUUGUUACGCUUCCAUUCUGACCAUUUGGUCUAUUUAUUUAUCAUAUAGGGGGUAACUUCAAUAUUAAUGUGAAUGAGCCCAACACCGUAUUUACUGCAUGUCACUCCUCCUGCCUUUUCACGCGUGCAGCCUGAGCCGUCAUUUUCGUCCCUAAAGCCACAGCUGAGUGACACAUGCCUGGGUAAGAUCUCCUCAAGGCCGUUUCAGAAACGGUGGCCGUGAGCCCGCUGCUGUAAAUAAACGUUUUUGUUAUUAUUUUAUUUUAUUUUUUUGCUUGAGGAAAUUUCGGUCUGUGCUUGAAUAGGUAAUAUCACAUGAUGUGAAGGAUGGUGAAGUGUGUACAUGUUGCUCAGGGCUUAAGUGGCAAGAAAACAUCAUUCUUUCAUUCAGUCGUUCAUUCUCCAGGCCUGCUUGUCCUAUUCACCUGCUUCCUUUGUGCAGUUAAGCUGUUCGUUUCAAUUCGGACUAACCUUUGCGUUUAAAAAGGCAAUUCGAUCCAUUCAAAAAUAUGUUGUGUAUAUAUAUUCCGCCAGUGUAAAUAAAGGUUAUUGAAUGAUUAUUGAAA